CCCCUACCCUCUUUAGUUGCAGGGGGAGUGGCCUGAGAGGAGGGGGGGCCUGAGGGGAGGGGUGUCCACCUAAGGAAUGGGGAGCAUGAAAUGAAGACUUAAUCACCCCCAAAACCAUCAAUUCCCCCACGCCGAACCCAGGAUCUUACUUUAUCCUGGGCCUUGCUCCUAUUUAGCACCCCUUCUUUAUUUUCUUCCAUGCUUACUUCACUGGGUUCUGGCAGAUGAGACAUCUGAACUCCCAAUACCAACCCCCAUUCCCUUCCCUCAAAGACCUACCCUAUACUCCACAAGGAAGCUAUUCUUACAAGGCUGUACUUCAAAGCACAAGACCAGAGAUGAACGGAUGCAAGGAUGGAUGGAUGGAUGGAUGGAUGGAUGGAUGGAUGAGUGAAUUGAAUGAAAAUGCAUCUAGCAGGUAUUUUGGAAUUGAAGAAUUUUCAAUUUUGCUUACUUCUAAGCAGUUCUACAGGACUGAAAACUACUGAGAAUGACUAUGACUCAGUUUUCACCGAUGAAGAAGAUGAAAAAUCAUGCAAUGAUCUAUUGGUGUUACUGCCAACAAAGUCCUGGGGCCCAUCAUCGUCUGUAAAGUCCAAAUUACCAGAACCUGAUAAAGAACAUGAAGACUCAAGGGAAGGGACAGAAAGUACCCCGGAGAAAAGGAAAUCUUUUUGCCCACCCUGCUAUGCUUGGCAGCCACUCUUUUUUUUACAACCGUUGGGGUUUUCUGCAAUGGAGAUGGGACCCAAAGCCUUGACAGGGACUGGGCUAAUGGUGAAUGGGCUCCACUAUGAAACUUGCCCAAAUCUCAAGAAGGCUUCUUCUAAGACCAAACCUUUAAAGACCGGAAAGAUGAAUCCCAAGCCUAGGGACCAACCAUCAGGGAUGGAUCAACUCUUGGAGAUGUUUGAGAAGAACAAACAAAGGAUUGCGGAACUGAGUGAUUUUAUGGAACAAAAACCGACUUUAUCCAUCUUUCUAAACCAGAGGAACUCAGGAUUGAAUAGGCAUCCGCCUAUGUUUCUUCCGCAGGAGAAAAACCAUCAGCCUGUUCGGAAAAAGACUCCAGUGUCUAAAGAACGCCCUCUCCCCAAAUACGAAGUCUGGUCAAAUAGUAGUCCCCUUAAACGACCUUGCUUCCAGUCACCAAACUUCUUUCAUCCGAAAACACCUCUGCUAGACAAACAUCAUUUGCAAAGCUUCUAUCCAGAACCAAGGCCCUGGACCCCCCGAUGUACAUGCACACCACUUUCCACGAGGGGGCGCUAAAUGGUCACCUGCUACUAAGAGAGGUGGCGGGGAGGUCCCGGAAGAUCAUGAGGGGGAGAGCCACCAUCUGACUCCCUCAGGACCCUCCCCCCCACUCUCAGGUCCUUGUGGGGACCCCACUUUGAGGAUUGGCCCUGACUUUCAAGGGGUAACGAGGAGAAUAAACAUCAGGCCCAGGCCAAUGCAAUCUA